CAAUGCAUGAGAAGGUUUAAAGUUUUAGGUUUGGGUUUAGCUUUAUGGCUAAGCUUUUCCUUUCUCUGUGGAUCCCACCCUUCAGCACCUCUUAAACACCGGGACGGCGUUCACCGUGGUCAGUACACCGGGAACCCUCUCUCCUGGGUGUUCUUUUUGCUCUUAUUCCAUAAAGACAAGCAAAGUUAACAGCCAAUCAAGGGGUCCCAGGAGGCUUUGCCUGUCUUUUUUUUUUCUGGCAGUCGUGUUUGUUUUGGACGAGGACAGAAGAGUCAGAAGAAGAGGCGAUGGAUUUUUUGGGCAAUCUGAGAGGAUUGUGGAUGCUGGUUCUCCUGCUCUUCUGCAUGCCCUCGGAUGGAUUCCAGUUCCCUCCAGUUAAGCCAAGUGAAGACAACCUCAAAGGCAUCUGUGAUAGCAAGACUAUCCCCCAGAGUGACCAAGGCUCCAAGUUGUUCAACCAAGAGAUUACCCUCAUCUUCCUGGAGUCGCAAUACCGGCGUUGCUGCAUGAAAUAUGAGGACCAGGAGGACACCUUGGAGUGUUUACUGGAGAAGUGGGACACAGCGUUCAUCAUGUACUGCGACCGACUGGAGGCGGCUGAGCCCGUACAACGUGACAGCUGCUGUGAAGCCCGGGACCCGCUGGGCUGCUUCCAGACCCCGCGACCGCAGCCUGAAGAAUAGCCCACUACUGAACAGCUGACUCCCUGAAUUGCCGUGCUUUAGCGCCACCUGCAGGGUCAUCUCGGGAGAUGGCGGGUCGACUGCUUCUGGAUCCACAUGCAGAAGACAACGCAUCCUUUUUCCCGCGAUUCCAGUUACACCUCUUUCUGUGAACUGGGAUUAUCAGAAUUAACUCAGUUUUAAUAGUCCGAUAAAAUAGGUAUAACUAUAAACUAUCUGAAUCUAUCAUGGGUGAAAAUCACAGAGGUACAAAUGGAAUAAUUACAGGUUUUUAGUCACUUUACUUCUUGUUCUCCUGUUUUACUAUGCCUUUGCUUAUUUUUUCCUUUUGCAUUUUCCUUUUUGUAAAUGUCUGAAAGUGUCCCCGUACAUAUGCUUCACAAACACCAUGUACUCUUAACAGAUAUGAAAAUAAAACGAUGUUGCAUACAA